GGGGUUAUGCAGCUGCUGCAUUCAAUUGUACGAUUGUCCAUUGGCGUCACAGAUAUUUGAGCUCUCAGGUGUGUGAAUAUAUUCGCAUUACAUUACUUAUUACUAUACAGAAUUCGAGACUGCUCGACAGCUAUUCAUUGAAACUGCGAUGCUCAGCAUGAGAUAGUAUCCAAGUCACAUACGCUUUACAAGUUUAAACCCAACGACCAAACCUCGCGCGAUCAAGAAUCUACUCAACUCACAGUUGCGACGAAAUCAAAGAAAGAUUCAUUCACAAAACUCACAACUUGAAGCGCAAGAAAACCCUUAUUUUACCACCAUCAUGGCCGACAUGAACGGCGACUCACAGCCUCAAACCAACGGUCAAAACGGCCACCCCUCACCAUCACCUCCAACACAAACCAGCUCCGCGCCCCUCUCCCAGCCCAUACCAUCCGCCUCCGCCGGCGCGAGCUCUUCGCCCGCGCCCAACCCCAGCGUGCCCCUCACAUCUCUCCAAGACAACGGAUUAUCGAAACGACCACGCGACGCUCGACUGAUCCACAUGCUUCUCUCCUCUCUCGGCGUAUCCGCAUACCAAGAACGCGUUCCUCUGCAACUUCUCGAUUUCGCAUAUCGUCACUCCUCUUCUAUUCUCUCUGAUGCGUUACAUCUCUCCUCCGAUGCCUACGUGUCACAGCAGAUGCGCGCGCGCGAUGCGCCGCCCGGUGGGGGAUUCAGAGAUGCAGAUGGACAGGUUAGCGCAAACGCGGUGCAGUUAGCUAUUCAGAGCCGAUUGCAGUAUCAAUUUGGUUCGGGCAAUGGUGGUGGGUUGAGCAAGGAGUUUUUAUUAGAGACGGCACAGGCGAGGAAUAAAAUUGCACUGCCAAGAGUCUUACAGAAUGAAUGGGGUGUGAGAUUACCGGCGGAGAGAUUUGUUCUUACGGGUGUGCCAUGGGGUUUGAAAGACGAAUGGGUGGAGGAUGAUGAGGAGGAAGAAGAGGAGGGGCCAAUUGGAGAGAGUAUGGAAGGUAUCAUAGCUGGCACAGAGGAGGAUAAUCUCGAGGGCGAUGAGGAGGGUGCGGGUGACAUGAAUGACCUAUUUGGCACUGGUGGAGAUAUGGAUGAGGACAUGGAUAAAGAGGAAUAACGGCGUACAACAAUUCUAUAAUGGCUGGCGUUUGGGGUUUAGAUCUGUUGCGGUGAUACACACUAUCGGCAGCAGGAAUUACAUGUUUCGAAACAAAACAUAAGUUACAAGUUGGGACUUGAGAGGGUGAUUGUUCUCUGUUCCGUGUUGUCUCACUUUCCUCCCAAGCAAAAAGUAAGCAGAAAUUCAAUUGAAACUUUCAAGCCGACAAUAUAUUGAAAGCA